AUGAGAGCUGUGGAAACGCAAUAGGCUGGUUCGUAGUUUUACAAGCUUAUUGUCUGCAUUAUUUGGACAUCCUUUCGUUAUCGGUAUACCUACAGUUAGUCUUCAUGGAUAAAUAUUUGACUUCUUCGCCGGGUUUUACACCUAUAAAGGGCUGCGUUUCAAAUACAAAUAUGAAAUUAAUUCAAAGUAGGUUUAGCAAGUGGCCAAAUUGAUUUAUUUUUUAACAAAAUAGAUGGAAAUGAUGUGGUAAAAAUUCGGUUCGACAUCGUGCCAAAUGUUCCCUAAAAACUAUUUUAUUGAGAAAUGUUUAACCGGAAAUUGUGGUUGCUUAGAAACCACUUUGUAAACAGUCUUGCUUCUCGUGGGGUGAACGGAAUCACAACGAGUCCACGAGCAUAUGUUUUUCGUCUUCUGCGCUUUUUGUAAUCAUUAAAUAUGUCCGGCCGGGAUCCUUUCCCCUCCCCAAAGUUUGAAAACGGCUUCACCCUCAGCGGCUUCAGGCCGCAGCAGAAAACAACGUUUAAUAAGCCCACGCACAUCGCCCAAACAGAGGAACCCUGGAGCCGCCUCAGUGAAGCGGCCACCGUGGCCAGCUCCCGGCGGAGUGUUGUGCAUGACAAGCAUCAGGUAACCCCCAGGAAGGCUCCCAAGGACAGGCUGGACUACCAACUAGAGUCCAUCUACGAUCACCACAAGGACUUCUUCUGGUUGAAGAACCAGGUUUUAUACCAGAAGGAGACCUUCUCUGAGGACCAGAGGAAGAAGGAAACCUCAAAGCAGGACAUGCUGGAGAAGGAGAACAACAUCCGAAUGUGGGUGGAUCCACAGAGGCGCUCCAUUCACAGCAUCAAGUGAAGCUCAGGCACAGAGAAGGAUGGCUUAUAUUCAAAAUAAAGCUUCAAUUACUAUAUGUGAAAUAAAUCAGUUGUUUCAGUGAAUAUACACGUCAUGUCUGCAUUCAUCUAUGUUUCAUAUAUACAUAUAGAAAUGAAUAUUCCAAAUUUGUGAGAAGAACCAGCAAAAUAUAAAUCUUUUGUAUAAUCAAGAAAGCAUGUUGCUGUCUACAUGACAAAACAACAAAAAUACUCAAUGCAUUUAAGUUUUUGUACA